CAACGCACCACCACUGGCAAGCUGUUCUGGUUUCUAAGGGGAAGGGAAGACGUGUUAACCAGUCACAUAUUAGAAACUUUGUUUACUGGGCGGGCCUAGGCCUUGCUGUCUGCUGGUGUCUGGGCCGGAGAGAGUGAAGACAUGAGCCUGGCUGUAAGAACGGAUUUAGCAGUCGACAAAAUGAAAAAGAAGAAAAAAAGGGAACUGACCGAGGAACAGAAGCAAGAGAUUAAAGAUGCCUUUGAUUUGUUUGAUACCGACAAAGACAAAGCGAUAGACUAUCAUGAGUUAAAGGUGGCCAUGCGAGCUUUAGGGUUCGAUGUUAAGAAGGCCGAUGUUUUAAAAAUCCUGAAAGAUUAUGACAGUGAAGCCACAGGGAAGAUUAGUUUUGAUGACUUUAAUGAAGUUGUGACAGACUUGAUAUUGGAGCGCGAUCCCCAAGAAGAGAUGCUAAAAGCCUUUAAACUGUUUGAUGAUGAUGAUUCAGGAAAAAUAAGCUUGAGAAAUCUCCGUCGGGUUGCUAGAGAACUUGGUGAGAACAUGACAGAUGAAGAGCUCCGUGCAAUGAUUGAAGAGUUUGACACAGAUGGUGAUGGAGAAAUAAAUCUGCAAGAAUUUAUUUCCAUAAUGACCGAAGAUGAAUAACCAGGAGAAAAGAUCUAGAAUUCAGCUAAUUGUAGGACCGAUGGUGAUGACUUUACCUAAGGACCAACAUCCAUGCUAAGAGUCAGUGUUUGUAGCAUAUUAUAUAAUGUAGAAUUACUCAUUUUUGAGUGUAACUUGGUUUGCUUUUGUAAGAUAUUUUUUAUGCAGCUGUGAAUUAAAUCAAAUAGAACUUUGUAAAUCUG